GUCCAAAAGAGGUGGAGAAAAAAAUAAACAGAUCUAAGAAAUCCCGCUUGAUACUCCACCGACAUUAACCACUGGAUUGAACUAGUGUUAGUGACUCCUCUCUCCACCUUCCUUUGGAAUUAGCCUAUCGCUCUUCAUCUCCUCGAUCUUCAUCACACGAUUCUAUCUCCGGAAUCUUAGAUCCAGUGAGCUAAUUGCUCUCCUCUGACCGGCGAAUGCAGUUGCAUUGACUCGGAUCUAAACGAGCUCUUGUGGUUUUUCUUCUUUCUACUUGCAGACUUCAAAAAAAAAAAAAAAUUUAAAAUGGGGGAGAAAUCGAAGUCGAGAGGUUGGUGCGGUUGGUUAAUCGCGAUUAUUGUAUUGGCUGCUGUUGUGCUCGCCGUCGUUUACACGGUCAAAUCGAGAAUGAAGAAAUCCGACGACGACGGAGCCGGUCCCGUACCUGGACCUCCCGGCGCCAUUGAUAAGAAAUACGCUGAUGCUCUCAAGAUCGCCUUGCAGUUCUUCGAUAUCCAGAAAUCUGGGAAAUUGGAGAAGAACAAGUUAUCUUGGAGAGGAGAUUCGGGUCUCAAAGAUGGAAGUGAAGCGAAUCUGGAUCUCUCCAAAGGACUAUAUGACGCUGGGGAUCAUAUUAAGUUUGGUUUCCCAAUGGCUUUCACUGCCACUGUUUUGUCAUGGUCGAUUCUUGAGUAUGGUGAUCAAAUGGAAGUAGUCAACCAAUUGGAUCCUGCUAAAGAAUCUCUUAGAUGGACCACCGACUUCUUUAUCAAAGCUCACCCUUCUGAUGAUGUGCUCUACAUCCAGGUGGGAGAUCCAAAAGUGGAUCAUAAAUGCUGGGAGAGACCAGAGACCAUGACAGGGAAGAGACCACUCAUUAAAAUCGAUGCAGAGACUCCAGGGACUGAGGUUGCUGCAGAAACUGCUGCAGCCAUGGCUUCAGCAUCUUUAGUGUUCAAGGAAAGCGACCCUCAGUAUUCAGCUACGCUUCUGAAACACGCAAAGCAGUUGUUCGAUUUCGCAGACACUAAACGAGGCUCUUACAGUUUUAACAUACCAGAGGUUCAGACGUAUUACAACUCGACUGGUUAUGGGGACGAGCUUCUAUGGGCAGCUAGCUGGUUGUACCACGCAACCGAGGACAAGACUUACCUCGACUAUGUGUCUAAACAUGGAAACGAAUUUGCUAGUUUUGGAAACCCAACUUGGUUUAGUUGGGACAACAAGCUUGCAGGAACACAGGUACUAUUAUCAAGGUUACUAUUCUUUAAAAAGGAUUUAUCAGGAAGCAAGGGACUCAAAAGUUACAGGGAUACAGCUAAAGCUGUCAUGUGCGGGGUUCUACCAAAAUCUCCAACAGCUACAGCUAGUAGAACAAACGGUGGUCUUGUAUGGGUCAGUGAAUGGAACUCGCUGCAACAAUCGGUCUCUGCAGCAUUCUUAGCCUCGCUUUUCAGUGAUUACAUGCUUUCUUCCCGUAUCCAUAAGAUAUCUUGUGAUGGGAAAAUCUUCAAAGCAACAGAGCUCAGAGAUUUCGCCAAAUCACAGGCUGAUUACAUGCUGGGGAAGAACCCAAUGGGAAUGAGCUUCGUGGUUGGUUAUGGAGACAAAUAUCCGGAGUUCGUGCAUCAUAGAGGGGCUUCGAUUCCUGCAGAUGCAACCACAGGAUGCUUAGAUGGGUUCAAGUAUUUUAACUCGACCAAACCAAACCCAAACAUAGCUUAUGGUGCACUCGUAGGUGGACCAUUCUUCAAUGAGACGUUCCUUGACUCACGAGACAACCCGAUGCAGAACGAGCCAACCACUUAUAACAAUGCUCUCCUCGUUGGCCUCUUGUCUAGUCUUGUCACUACCUCUUCGGUUCUACAAUCAUUGAAGUGAGCUUUAUAUUUAAAGCCUUUUGUUAAAGUCACAUUGCUUCAUUUUUUUUUUCCCUGUGUGUGUGUAUGUUUAUUCACGUUGUGUAUUAUUUGCUUGAUUUGUUGAUGAGUGUGAAACAAAGAAAAUCGUUGUAAACAA